CAAAAGGCAGGUUAGUAAACAGUGUCUGUUCCUGGAGAGCCGGACAGGCUGGGAGACAACAUGGCGGCGGGUGGCGGCCUCCCUGGGCUCCUGCCUGCUCAGACCCAGCUGGAGUAUGCCCUGCUGGACGCCCUCACCCCUCAGGAGAAGGACAACCUGGUCUACCAGUACCUGAGGAAGGUGGACAGCUGGGAGCAGGACCUCAAGGUCCCCGACUUUGGAGGAGAUCUAGAGUGGCUGAACACUGAAGGGCCCAUUUCUCUGUACCAAGACCUUUGUGGAAAAGUGGUGGUUUUGGAUUUCUUCACUUACUGCUGCAUCAACUGCAUACACCUGCUGCCUGACCUCCAUGCGUUAGAGCACAAAUACUGUGAUAAAGAUGGUCUUCUUGUUGUUGGUGUCCAUUCAGCGAAGUUUCCAAACGAAAAGGUUCUCAAUAACAUUAAAAGUGCUGUUCUUAGAUAUAACAUUACCCACCCUAUUGUAAAUGAUGCUGAUGCAACACUUUGGCAUGAGCUGGAAGUGUCUUGCUGGCCAACCCUGGUCAUUCUUGGGCCUCGUGGAAAUAUGCUGUUUUCUCUUGUUGGAGAGGGACACAAAGAUCAAUUAUUUUUAUUUACUUCUAUUGCUCUAAAGUUCUACAAAGAGAGAGGACAAAUCACAGAUAACAAAAUUGGAAUAAAAUUGUACAAAGACUCUCUACCUUCUUCUCCCUUGCUGUUUCCUGGCAAAGUGACUGUAGACAAUUCAGGAGAUAGACUCGUGAUAGCAGAUACCGGACAUCACAGGAUUUUGGUUGUCAGGAAAAAUGGGCAAAUCCUACACACCAUUGGAGGACCAAACAGUGGGAGAAAAGAUGGAAGAUUUUCAGAGGCAGCAUUCAAUUCCCCACAGGGGGUGGCUAUAAAGAAUAACAUUAUUUAUGUUGCUGAUACAGAAAACCAUCUGAUUAGAAAGAUUGACCUUGAAUUAGAGAUGGUGAACACUGUAGCAGGCAUUGGAAUACAAGGCACGGACAAGGAGGGUGGAGCAAAAGGAGAGGAGCAGCCCAUCAGCUCACCGUGGGAUGUGAUCUUUGGAAGUUCAGUUUCAGGGACCCAUGAAGAUGAUGUUCUAUGGAUAGCCAUGGCAGGUACUCAUCAAGUCUGGGCGCUCAUGUUGGAAUGUGGAAAACUCCCAAAAGGAAGUGAUUUAAAGAAAGGAACCUGCCUUCGAUUUGCUGGGAGUGGGAAUGAAGAGAACCGAAACAAUGCAUACCCCCAUAAGGCAGCCUUUGCCCAGCCUUCAGGUCUUUCUCUGGCUUCUGAAGAACCCUGGAACUGUAUUUUUGUAGCAGAUAGUGAGAGCAGCACCGUGCGAACAAUCUCACUGAAAGAUGGAGCAGUGAAACAUCUUGUAGGGGGAGAGAGAGAUCCAUUGAAUUUGUUUGCCUUUGGUGAUGUUGAUGAAGCAGGAAUAAAUGCAAAGCUGCAGCACCCCCUUGGAGUAACUUGGGACAAGAAAAGGAAACUGCUUUAUGUAGCAGAUUCCUAUAAUCAUAAGAUUAAGUUUGUAGAUCCCAAAAUGAAGAAUUGCGCUACACUGGCAGGUACAGGAGAAGCAAGUAAUGUUGUUGGUUCCAGCCUUACGCAGACGACUUUCAAUGAACCAGGAGGAUUAUGUGUUGAAGAGAAUGGUCGUCUGCUUUAUAUUGCUGACACAAAUAAUCAUCAAAUUAAAGUGCUGGACUUAGAAACAAAAAUUAUUUCCAUGCUGCCUAUCCUGUGCACUGAAAUAUUUGAUGUUGUAGAUCAUCCAUUUAUUCAAAACAAUAAGACGGCAAACAUCCCCAAGCUGCCUAAAUCUGCACCGAACAUCCAACUUCCUUCAUUGACUGUAACCCCUGGCCAGACCCUUCAGUUUUUAUUAAGGUUAAGCCUUCCUGCAAAUACGAAGCUGACUGAAGAAGCACCCAGUUCCUGGUUUCUCACAGCAGAAGGUAAUGAGUGGCUACUUCAGGGACAGAAUCCAUCUGGAGAAAUUGAGGACAUUUCCCAUCAACCUCUCAUCUCCUUGCAGUUACCCAGUAGCUGCCUGUCAUCCGAAGCUGUACUGUCUAUCAAAGUGUGCCUCUAUUACUGUAGCAAAGACAGCAGUGCCUGUAUGAUGAAAGGAAUCUCAUUCAGUCAGCUUUUACAGAUAGCUGAUACAAACCAAGGUAGCACAGCUCAAGUAGAGCUGACAUAUGCAUUUUAACUAAACCAAAAACCCAACAGAUUCACACUCUAGUUUUACUUUCUAACGUUUUUACGGGCAAAAAAAUAUUAGUAGAUUUUUUUCCUCGUCUUCCAAUAGCAUAUGAAGAGUUCUAAAGCAUAAUAUGCUUUGUAAGAUGAAGCAGAAAUGCCUUGUGCUGAAUCAAGAAAAAUUGUAAUGGUAUCUUGGUCACUUUAUUUCUUUUUGUUGUUAUGUGAGCAAUAACAUCCUUAAACUUUGUCUGUUGACUAUUGUGAAUAGAUUGGGCCUAGGCAAUUUUAAGCCGUGAGCAACCAUUUGAAGAGUCCAUUUUUGAAGGACCAGUAUUACAUUGUGAUAUUGCUGAUAUUCUUUUGCACUGCAUACUGUAGCAACAUCGAAAUCAUUUGGGGAAGAACAACUGCAACUUUCCUUUUUUUACACCCUCUGUUUUUAAUAGAAUGUUAAAAACUUGAUUUUUGUUUCUGCAGGUCAUAAAAGAAUUAUUUUUCUUAUUUUACGAUGAAAGCAUUUAAAACACAUGUAAUAUAUUUUGAAAACACAGGGCUGUUUGUUUUUGUGCAAAUCAAGUCUGUUUCUUAAAACUAGAUAUUUAUGCCUUAUUUGAAGAGCACAAUUGUGUGGAAAAACUUUUGAGAAAUGAACUGUUUGAGGUCAUAUAGAAAUGUUACACCACAAAUGUGCCUAUAUAAAGUUGGCAUGCAGGAGUUUUUCUAAUUAGUGUUUCCAUUUGUAUUUUAGAGAGUAGAGUGUAAGUAAUAUUUCUUACUCUAACUUGCAACCAUUAAAUGUCAACUAUUUCUCUCAAA